AUGAGCCGGAAGAAAAGCACCAUUUCAAGGCGUUCUGCUCGAAUUGCUGCUUCGACUUGUGAUGUUCAAACUGUUUCUAAGAAUAAAAAGUCGCUUGGUUCUACUGGAAAACGAUCUGAGGUGGUAGUACAUGCUAAGCAAACUAACUGCAGUAGCCAACACAAUCUUGUAUGCAGUCUGAAUAAGCAAUCACAAAAGUGUAGUGGUCGACGCAGUUCCAGAUCCGCAACAAAGAAGCUAAGUCGUCAUCAAAGUUUUAAAAACGAUAUAGAAAAUGAUUCAGAUGACGAAGCAGAAUGGGUUGAAGUGAAUGAAGAAGAGACUACAGAAUUAGAUUUUAUGAAUAAAUUGUUAAAUUUUAAUGAGAAUACUGUAUGUAAUGAGGUUGAAGAGCUAAAAGUUACUCCACUAACUAUAGCUGUUCCUCUUAUAAGUAACUCAAAAAGGCAUUCGAAACAAGAUCCGAAAGUUCUUGAAGCACUUGCAUUAAAACGCAAACUAAAAGAACACUAUACACUGAUGCAUUCAGUUCAUGUCCUGUGCUUUCUUGCUCAUAGUCGUGUAGUGAAUCAAACAUGUGACAGUUGUUUAUGCCAAGCGUUAGGUCUUUCACUUUUGGCUAAGACUAGUGCAGUAUAUAAUCACAAGACAAAAAAAAUUUGCACAACUGUCUCUAUGGGAAUGCAGUCAUCAAAUGAAAGAAAUUCGUCUGAUAGCUAUGAAUGUCAACUUGUUCAUCGUUUGUCAGAGUCUAGAUCAAACGAGGGUGACUGUCUCAUACUUCUCGUUGCAGCUCUUCGCGCACUUGGGUUUGAUGUACGAGUAGUUCUGGGCUUAAGUCCAUUACCCUUAAUACCCGGUAAAACCACUUCCAAGAAUCUGACUUAUAUGACUAAAGAAAUUAAACCUACUCAGCCGAAAAAACCCAACAGAAAAAUCAUCUCUUCAGACGAAGAUGAUAUAUUUAGUGAAGAUUCACAUAAUCAUCCACCUACUGAGAAUUCAAAGCCUCGAAUCUCUUUGUUUGCUGAAGUAUUUCUACCGAAAUUGGACCGUUGGGUGUGUGUUGUCCCUUCAUCUCCUACAGGUGUUGUGGAUGAAGUCAAUUUAAGCAGAGUUUUUUCGGAAUCCGGUGACCUGUCUCCACGUUACGUUUUUGAUUGGUGUGUUUCUGCUCGUACUCAUCGCAUACCUGCAGAAAGGUGGCACAAUUUGCUUGAAAUGCAAAGCAAGUUUUUUGAUCAGGAUGCUGCUGAACACGAUGCCCUAGUACCGAAAUCCGAUACACUUCCCACUGCCCAACGAGAUAAGAAGGAUAAAGAUUCUAUCCACGGAAAACUUUUAUCUCAGUCGUUGCCCAAACGUAUGCAGGACUUCAAAAACCACCCGUUGUACGUCCUUCCGCGUCAUCUACUAAAAUUUCAAGUUAUCUACCCAACUGAUGCAAUUCCUCUGGGAUUCUUUCAUAACGAACCGAUUUACUCCCGUGACUGUGUUCACCUGUGUCAUACUAGAGAAUCAUGGCUGAAAGAAGCUAUGGUUGUUCGUGUGCAUGAAAAGCCUGCAAAAGUAGUCAAAGCUCGAUUGUCAAUGAAACGUAAGCUGUUACAAGCCUCUGAUUCUACACCUCCAACUGUGGAGGUUUUUGGUCCAUGGCAAGUGGAACCAUAUAUACCACCGAUAGCUGAAAAUGGUGUUGUCCCACGUAAUUCACAUGGAAAUGUAGAAUUGUUCAAACCUUGUAUGCUACCUGUAGGCUGUGUUCACCUAUGCCUGUCUGGUAUUCAGUAUGUUGCUAAAAAACUUGGUAUCGAUUGCGCGGAAGCUGUUGUUGGUUGGUCAUUUCAUGCAGGUGGAUGGGCGCAUCCAAAAACUGAGGGUUUUGUUGUCUGUAAAGAAUCUGUACCAGUUUUAAUUGAUGCAUGGCGUGCAGAGAAAAUGAAUGCUGUUAAAGCAGCCAAUGAAGAACGAACUGAACGUGCAUUAAACAAUUGGAAACGAUUAGUUCGUGGACUUUUUAUAUGGCAUAGGGUUAAAGCACAGUUUGCUUUGGCUCCCCUACAUAAUAAACGAGCUACUGUUGAAAAAUAUGAAAAGUGCAAAAAAGAAGAAACUACUACCAUACAUCCUAAUGAAAUAAAUAUUAAUCCAUGUGGUGAACAGAAGGAGGAAUUACUUGAUUCUUCAAUCUCCUUUGAUACUACGGGUAAAACACCUACAACCGAGGGAUGGAUACGUUUGGGUCCAGUAGAUAAAGCACAUUUGUUGCCUAAGAUACCUUUGGAUGUGAAAAGAACCCACCUAAACGUCGUAAUCCAACUAGAAAGAGACGUAAAGCAAUAA